AUGUCAGGCUACCUCAACCCAAACCCAGAAGAUCCCCAAGAUCUGUAUUACCAAACUCAGGGCACCUACGCUACAAGCAGGGGCCGGACCAAUACGCCCUCGGGAUACUCGCAACAGACGCACUGGGAGACCACCACAUAUCCAGACAUGUCCCAGUCUGCGUCCCACUCUUUUGCUGCUCCAAGCCAAUACGUCUCAUGGCCAAACACAUAUCCUCAGCUGGGAACUCCUGACUAUCCGCAAAGUCAUUACUCACAAAGCUCGGCUCCAAUAGUCCCAUCGUCACCCUACGCAGCACAGCCUUGGCCAAACGCUCCAUGGCCUGCCUUACACCCCGAUGAUGUAGAGGCGCCUUCGGACAACUCUCGCUCAACAUCGCCAAAUCCUGGAGAUCUGGCGAGCUUUGGCAUACUCCUUCCAGAUGGUCGAAGCUGGCGCUGUUCAUAUCGUGGCUGCACUUCGCAAGCCACGUUCACUAGGGAUGCGACUUGCGCAAGCACUAUCGACGGCAUACAAAGUCCCUGUUCUGUCGACAUGAAGACUGUCCGCAGUCGAGUGAAGGCGGCUUUUCAUCGAAUAAGGAUCGGCAACGUCACGAGCAACGGCAUGCUCCAGCAGUACCGUGCUCUUUCAAAGGCUGUGAAAGAGUUUUCAGCAGAGUUGACAACAUGA